AUGGCAGACCCUUUUUCUCAGGUGCCCAAAACGGAGGGCGGUUGGACUUGUUGCCAAUGCGACACCCACAACCUACAUACGUCCAAAAAGUGCAAAGUCUGUGGAGAGGACCAUCUAAAGUGCAAUCUGAGGACACUAUUCUUAUAUUCCGCUGCGCCCUCAUCUCAGGCAGCGGCCGCGCCCAAAUGUGACCGGAUGGUGGUAUUGUUGCCAGUGCGGACACAUGGUCAAUCCAAAUCUGGGUCUCGACCGGUGCCCCUCUUGUGGUCAUGA